AACAAAUUCCUCCCUCCAUCACUCAUCGCAGAUUUCACCAACCGAAGGACGAACCUCGUUGUACGCAACGGAUCCGGCAGCAAACACCAUCUUUUCCAAUAGCACCGACGGGAUCCUAGGCCCUAAGCCAAACACCUUCUGGUCCUUCUUUGCCCAACGAGGUCGUCUUCGCAUUUCUCAAGGAGGAGCCUCAACACCAGAUAGCUUUCGGUAAAAGAAUGGCGAGGUGGGUCGUGUUUUGAAGUCGAUCUUUGCCGAAGGAACUCGUCAUCGUCUUCUUCAACAUGCCCAGAUUUGAAAUUCAAAACGUGCCAAAGUUGUUUGGUGCUUUUUUUUUUAAAUGUUAUUUCCUGCCUUGAGAACAGUGACUCCACCUCCAGAUUAUUUAAUGUUGCACGUGUUCGAAUACAAUGAAAACACAAGUAUGUGCUGGCGUUUUCAUCGCCUGCGCAUAAGAAUUAUCCUGUCUGUAAUUUUAACUAAAUCAAGGGGUGAUUUUAUAAAUUUAUAAUUACUCCGGGUAUCUUUCUCUCUUCUUUUCCCUCUGUACGCACUACGCAGACACGAGGCGAACGUCGAAGAUCGAAAAUGUCGAAACCAGAACUGAAUUAUGCCCUUCAGAACUCGCUCAUGACACAGAACCAACUCGUGGACAAACUCACGUCCCACAUCUCGUUGUACCACUCACACUCUCGUCUUUCAGAUUCCAAGUCCAAUUCAAUCUCCAAUCCCAGGUCCUCCAUCCUCAAAUGGUUCUCCUCUCUCACUCUCCACCAGCGCCAGGCUCACCUUACCGCCCUCGAUUCCAAGUUCAUCCAGAUUCUCCUUCAGAUGCUCGGUACUAUCCGUAGGCGCGGCCAUGGCUUCUUCAUCGUCCUUCCCGAUCUCCUCUCCGGGGACCUCCCCAGCAUCUGCUUCAAGAGGUCGCACGGUCUUCUUUCUAGGGUUUCCGAGUCGAACCAAUCAGAAAGGUUAAUCUUUGAGUCGACGCGGCUGUUUUCUUCAACAGAAGGUGAGACGAUCGAGGAGUGUUCGUCGUCGGUGAAGAGUUUGAAUACUUUAACUGUGAGCGAGGGGUUGGUUGAGAAUUUGGAUCGGUUUGUGGAGGCCAUGGAUGUAGUUUCGAAUGGAGCUUUCUUGAGAGGGGAAGAUAAUGGAUUGGGUUCGGAUUGGGUCGAAUUGGGGUGGUUGAAGGAAAAAGGGUAUUACAGUAUCGAAUCUUUUGUGGCCAACCGAUUAGAGGUAGCUUUAAGAUUGGCGUGGCUUAAUAGUAGUAAUGGGAAGAAAAGAGGGGUGAAAUUGAAGGAGAAAGUGAGCGCUGCCGGUAUGGCGGCAAAUGUGUUUUGGAGGAAGAAGGGUUGUGUAGACUGGUGGGGAAAUUUGGAUGCUUCGACGAGGAGGAAGGCUCUCUCUGCGGUUAUGGGAAAAUCAGCAAAAUCCUUGUGUCGUGAGAUUUUGAAGGCAUCUAGUAAUGCAUUGGAGGAUGAGCUUUGGCUCUUCAACACGGGAGCGGAACGACCAAUGAGGUACAAGUACUCUACUGUAAAUACGAGAAAGACUAUCCCAGCACUUGCAGCUGAUGUUGAAUUUGGGUCAAAUGUUGUCCCAGCUUCUCUUUCUGGAAAACCCGCUUCCUUAUCCAAUGCCUUCAAUAGUUUAUUUGUGCUUCUUGAUAUUGUUACGAUGACUGCAGCACUAUGUCAGGGUAGUGAAUAUGAUAAAGGGAAACUUUUCUUCAGCACAAUGAGUUCAAUUUGUACCAUUUCUGAUUUUAUAUUAAGAAAAGUGCGAGGAUUUCUAAUGGUUAUUUCGCUUGAUUGCACUAAACUUGAACUUAUAACAGAAGAAAACGUUAAGUCCUCUCCUAUUAAGUCCAAAGGAAAGGUUGGUGCUUGUAGCAAUAAGAAAAAGGGGAGGACCCGUAGUACGAAGAAGCUAAAUCUUGUUUCAGGGGGAUGUGUUACUGUUGAUUCGCGUGAAAAAAUUCUCAAGGAUCUUGAUUGUGCAUUGUCUGGUAAAGAGAAGUCAGGGUUGGUAGAGCCCCAGAAGACAUCUGAUGUUCCUCAGGCGAAGGAUAUCUACAACGAUACAUCAUUAAAAGAACCUGCCAAAGCAGUUAGUGUUGGAAAAGCUCAAUCUGCUGCAAGGAAGAAAAGAAGAGAAAAAGGAAAAAACAAAGUUAAUAUCUUCAAGAAUCCAGUUGAAUGGACCAGUUGUAAACAACCACUAAUGGAAGCUUCCUCUUCCUCCGUUUUUUCUCAAGAUGAGGCAGCAACUUAUCCUGUGUCUGUUCAUUCAACCUUACAGAAUGUUUCAGGUGAGAAUUCAGCUGAGAAUGGUAUCCCUACAUCAAACACAAUUUCAUCUGGUUUUGUCAGUGGACCUAUCGAGGAUGACCAAACUACCAAAAGCAUUCAAGAGAAUGGAGGUCUAGAAUGUUGUCAGUUAAAUAGAAGUUUUAGGGAAAGUAAUACCUUAGAAGCUAUAAAUCAUAAGGUAGAUUUGAAGGCAAUAUCUUCUUCUUUGCAUACAAUGGACACUAAUGUUUCCGGGAUCCAAGAUAGCAAUUCUGAGAAAUCUUUAUGUAAUAGUGACAUUGAUGUAAAAUCAAUUUCACCAGAGAAACCAGUUAGGGUUUUUGAUAUCAAAGAGAAACCUGUUUUACUUCAGAAGCAAGAGACUAGACAUGUAUUUAAUACAUCAACUUCACGUAGUUCAGAUGGCCUUCCAUAUGAGUGGCCGUUUGUGGCUUCUACCUACUUUCCACCUGUUUACCCACAUCUCCUCCCUGCUACUGAUCGCUUGCAUUUGGAUGUUGGUCGUAAUUGGCAUCACCACUUUCAUCAGUCCUUUGUACCUGCAAUACAUCAGCGGAAUAUUGAAGGGGGCUGUAACCCAGUUUUGUCCCGACGAUUACCCAUGAGUUUAGAUUGGCCUCCAAUGGUCCGUGGUGCUUGUGGGUUGGCUCCAUCAAUGACUCGUAAUUAUGACUCUGGGUUCAUCUCAAGAUGGCAUUAUCCUCAGGCUUUUUCUAUUAAUGGAACAACCAUUGACGAUGAAAGGAAGCAUUCUGGAGAUCAAACUGACCCACCUGAUUUAACAAGUAAACAUGAGCUAUCAGAUGACUGGGACAGCCAGUGGAUGUCAGAAGAUGAAGUUGAUGUGCAUGCAGUCUCAGGGAUAGAUUAUAACCAAUACUUUGGUGGUGGUGUGAUGUACUGGAAUUCUUCUGAUCAUCCUGCAGGAGGGUUCUCUCGCCCUCCUUCACUGAGUUCAGAUGAUAGUUCAUGGGCUUGGCGUGAAGCUGACAUGAAUAGGGCUGUUGAUGAUAUGGUUGCGUUCUCUUCUCCAUACAGUACAAAUGGUUUGACUUCGCCUACUGCUUCUUUUUGUUCGCCUUUUGAUACUUUGGGUCCAGCUCACCAGGCCUUAGGCUAUGUUAUGACUGGAAAUGAGGUACCAGGAAAGGUGCUUCAUCCUCCAUCCACAGUGACUGAUUCAACAGUUGACGAGGAUGCAUCUAGAUCAUUAGCAGAGCUAUCUGUUGAUGUUGAAGGGAAGACAGGAGAUUUGCUUCCUUACCACAUUUUACCUCCAAUCAUUAUUCCAAAUAUGAGGAGGGAUAGGUCAAGGUCUGAGUUCAAGUGUAGUCAUGAUGUGAAAAGUCCAUGUGUCCCUCUUAAUAGGCGUGAGCAACCUCGGAUGAAACGACCACCAUCACCUGUUGUGCGUUGUGUUACACGUGCUCCACGGCCCCCUCCACCUCCACCCUCUCCCGUGAGUGAAUCCAGGAAACACAGGGGUUUUCCAACUGUUAGAUCUGGUAGUUCUAGCCCAAGGCAUUGGGGUAUGAGAGGUUGGUUCCAUGAUGGAGCUAAUUUGGAGGAAGCUUGUUUAUACAGGGAUGGAGCUGAAGUUGUUUGGCCAUCUUGGAGAAAUACUACCUUUUCAGGCCACUCAAUGAUUCAACCUCUUCCCGCAGCUUUGCUUCAGGAUCGACUGAUUGCUAUGUCGCAUCUUGCUCGUGAUCAGGAACACCCAGAUGUUGCAUUGCCCAUGCAGCCAACUGAAUUACAAAGCUGUCCUACACGAAAAGCCUCUCUAACUAUGAUGCACAACCUCCUUCAUGAUGAGAUUGACUCUUUCUGCAAGCAGGUUGCUGCACAAAAUCUGGGUAGAAAGCCUUACAUAACAUGGGCUGUCAAGCGGGUUACACGGUCUCUUCAAGUGCUGUGGCCCAGGUCCAGGACGAACAUAUUUGGUUCAAAUGCAACUGGUUUGUCUCUUCCUACCAGUGAUGUAGACCUUGUGGUUUGUCUUCCUCCUGUGAGGAACCUGGAACCAAUUAAAGAAGCUGGAAUAUUGGAGGGUCGCAAUGGUAUCAAAGAAACAUGCCUUCAGCAUGCAGCCAGGUAUCUAGCAAAUCAGGACUGGGUGAAAAAUGAUUCUCUCAAGACUGUGGAAAAUACAGCUAUACCUAUUAUUAUGCUUGUGGUAGAAGUUCCCUGUGAUCUCAUUGCCUCGUCUUCAUCCAAUGUACAAUCACCAAAAGAAGAACCUUCUCACCUGUCUCUGGAACAAGGUUCUAAUGUACAUCCUGAUGUGGUUGUUUUAGAAGAAUCUGCCUUGCCAAAAUGCUCACAGAUGAACAAUGAUACUAAGAAAGAUUCAAUAUCAGUUCGUCUUGACAUAAGUUUUAAAUCUCCGUCACAUACAGGACUCCAGACGACAGAACUGGUUAAGGAGCUGACUGAGCAUUUUCCUGCAGCCAUGCCUCUUGCUUUGGUACUCAAACAGUUUUUGGCAGAUCGGAGCUUGGAUCAAUCCUAUUCUGGUGGUUUGAGCUCCUACUGUUUGAGUUUGCUAAUUACACGUUUUCUUCAACAUGAACAUCAUCUUGGCCGACCUAUCAACCAAAACUUUGGAAGCCUUCUAAUGGAUUUUCUUUAUUUCUUUGGGAAUGUAUUUGAUCCACGUCAAAUGCGAAUCUCAGUUCGGGGAAGUGGAAUUUAUAUCAAAAGGGAAAGAGGUUGUAGCAUUGAUCCAAUACACAUUGACGAUCCCCUUUUUCCAACUAAUAAUGUGGGAAGAAAUUGCUUUAGGAUUCACCAAUGUAUUAAGGCAUUUUCAGAUGCCUAUAUUAUUUUGGAGAAGGAACUUGCUUCCCUAUCCGAUGAUGAUGAUGAUGAUUCGUGUUCAAAACCCUCCUGUAGACUGCUUCCAAAAAUUAUACCAAGCAUUGAUUUAUCGUAAGGUUCUUUGUGUAUGAAUGAUUCUUCUUUGUGUUAUAAGAAGACUGAAAACAUUUGAUUAGAAGAAAGUUGAGAAAUUCACUGGAACACCACCCUCCUUUUCAUGGUGGAGUCCUGUUUUUUCUGAGCAGAACAGAACCAAAGUAGUGGUGGCUUGCUUAAUGUUCUAUGUCUAACUUAGGUAGAGUUAAAUAGCUGUGUUGUUCAUCAUUAUUACAAUCUGCAUAUUAGCGUCUCUCUUUUCCUUUUUCACUUUUUUUCAGUUGAGACAUGAACUCAGUUUGCUGGCAACUGGGCUCCUUGCUUGGGUACAGAUUUGACUUGAAUAUUCGGCUUCCUUUGUUAGCUACGUAGCUACAUGGUUUCAAGCAAAAUGCAAACUUGUGGAAGAAUGGAUGACCAAAACUAAUUUGCUGCAAGCUGGGAUAGAUUUCUCAACGUGUGCGACCUAAUAAAGUUCACAUUUUAUCUUGAGUAGAAAUGGGAAUAAAUCGUGGGGCUCAACUAUGAAUUUAGCAUGGUAAAAUGCCUGCAAGUUCAGAAUGCGGCAGGAAUUACCGAUAGAAGAUGAAUGGCAUUAAUCAUAUGAUGAUUAAGGAGCUGAAUACCCUGAACUUGGCAACUUCAAAUAAGCUUGGGGAACCUGCGGCUAUGGUUUCUGGCAGAAGAAAGGGCAAUCUGUAACGUCGGAGAUUACAGAGUGCCAAGGAUGUAACCGGAAUGCUUUCCAUGAAUACUCCAACAAUGCCGGUUCUUAACAUCUGAAGAAUCGUACAACUCGACGAGUCAUUGUUACGGAGUCCUCGUACCAGUUCUAUAUGUAUUCCGGUAUAUAUAUAAAUAUUCUACAAUUUUCUUGGUCUCAUUAACUGUUUCGUUUCGAUGUAGCCGACGAGUAGUGCUAUGAUAUUACAAAUAACACUCAACCAUUGCAAUCUUGCCAUAAGUGAACGAUUUUGUGCAGUUGUAUAACAUUAUAAUAAUAAAGACAGCGAAGGCCUGCAUAUUCCAAGUGCAGUUUUCCAAAUAA